GGAAUGAUUGAGAGAGGGAAGGAAAUAAGGAAGGAAGUAUGGAAGAAGGUAUAGACGGAAGUCAUGAAGGAAGUAAAUAAGUAAGGAAUUAAUGAUGGAAAGAGAGAAGGAAAUAAGGAAGGAAGUACGGAAGGAGGUAUAGACAGAAGUCAUGAAGGAAGUGUGUAAGGAAGGAAGGAAGGAAUGUUUGAGAGAGGGAAGGAAAUAUUGAAGGAAGUAUGGAAGAAGGUAUAGAGGGAAGUCAUGAAGGAAGUAAAUAAGUAAGGAAUUAAUGAUGGAGAGAGAGAAGGAAAUAAGGAAGGAAGGAAGUACGGAAGACGGUAUAGACAGAGUCAUAAAGGAAGUAUGGACAGAAGUAAAUAAGGAAGGAAGGAAUGUUUAAGAGAGGAAAGGAGAUAAGGAAGGAUGUGAAAGAAGGGAGGAUGUGUGGAAGGAAACUAUAGAAAGAUGGGAGAAAGAAGGAAGGAAGUAAAUAAAUAAACUUAGUAUAUUGUGGGAAGUAAGGAAAGAAAGAAACGACGAAAGAAAUGAAGAAACUAUGGUGGUAGGAAGGAAGUAGGGAGGAAAUGUAGAAGCAGAGAGGAAGUAUUCUUCUUAUGAAUGAAUGAACUGUUUAGCAACAUGUUGACAUUAUGAAUGUGUUGCCUAAUAAUAUUAAUUCUUGUUUUUAUUAGCGAAUACCCAGUAAGGUCACGUGACGUCAGUGUGUCUCCGCUAGAGAAAUGACUUUUAAUAUAAAUAAAUUCGGUUUGCUCGUCCCCGGUCUGAGUGCGCGCGCGCCGCGUGGCUAUAAAAAACACCAGACGCGCUCCUGCACAGUUCAGAGCGCGCGCGACGGGCUUGUCUGGAGCCGACAUGCUCUCUCUCUGCACCGGGACCGUGUGGCUCACCUCGCUCACUGCAACCGUUUGGGCAAGUUUGCACCCGGAGUGUGAGUAUAUAUUCCAGUUGGAACGAGAAGAGCAGCUCUGUCUGAGAGGAAUCGCUGAACAUGAAAACCUCAGCACUUCAGGGCAGACGGGCUGCCUCCCAGCAUGGGACUCUGUAGUGUGUUGGCCUAGAGCAGCAGUUGGCGAAAUCGUCCAGGCCCCCUGCCCUGCUGUUUUCUCUCUCUUUAGCAACCACACAGGUACAGUGAGCCGUAACUGCACCAGUUUGGGCUGGUCGGAUUCGUUUCCUCCCUACCAUGAGGCCUGCAGCAUCGACGACGACAUCCCAGAGGAUUCAUACUUCACCACGGUGAGACUGAUCUACUCCAUCGGAUACGGAGCCUCUCUGAUCUCCCUGUCCGUUGCGGUGGUAAUCCUGCUGAUCUUCAGGAGGCUGCACUGCGCAAGAAACUACAUCCACGUCCAGCUGUUCAUCAGCUUCAUCAUCAAAGCAGCGUCUGUGUUUAUUAAGGAUGCUAUACUCUUUGGCAGUGAAGAUACUGACCACUGUUCCCUGUCUACUGCAGCCUGUAAGGCGUCUGUCGUGUUCUGUCAUUACUGUGUGAUGAGUAAUUUCUCCUGGCUGCUGGUGGAGGCGGGGUAUCUCAACUCUCUGCUGCUGUCUGUUCGCAGUCGCCGCUGCCUUUGGGGCUUCUCUCUGCUGGGCUGGGGAGUUCCUCUGUUUUUUAUCCUCCUCUGGAUCGUCUCCCGGGUGUAUUUUGAGGACACAGAAUGCUGGGACAUUAAUGAAGAUUCCCCUUACUGGUGGAUCAUCAAGGGUCCGAUUGUAGUAUCCAUAGGGAUCAACUUCCUGUUGUUCCUGAACAUCAUUAGGAUACUGGUGCAGAAGUUGAACCCGCGUCUAAUCCAGUUCAACAACUCGGCACAGUACAGACGUCUGACCAAGUCCACGCUUCUCCUCAUCCCCCUGUUUGGGACCCAUUACGUGGUGUUUAACUUCCUUCCGGACUACGCUAACAUCAGCCUGCGUCUCUGUUUAGAGCUGUGCCUCGGCUCAUUUCAGGGCCUCAUGGUGGCAAUCCUGUACUGUUUCCUCAACCAAGAGGUCCAGAAGGAGGUGCGACUGAUGUGGAUGCGCUGGCAGGAGAGCAGUUACGGAGUCGUUAUCGCCGGAGCCAAAGGCAGUCAGAUGGAUACGCCAUUCUGAUUCUGUGUCUAUGUUCAACGCACAAGAGACUCUGAGGUUUAUUUUUUCCCCUCUUUAUCUGCUUUUUUUUAUUUUGCCCACAGCAAGGCAGCAAGACUGUGAUGGUAGGCUCCUGUUGUCAAAUAAUCGUUUUGCUGUAGUGGGACUCGCUUUUAAUUCAGCAGCUGUGAAGCUGUGAAGCUGUGAUGCAAAGCGACUGCAGCAGAAGUCAAAAGUAAAGAAACACACGUGACCUUGCCUUGUUGAAAACAAUGCCUGACCAUUUCUGAAAACCAUGAAUAGCUCUUCUUACUUUUUAAUGUAACUUAUGAUCACUAAGCUGGUCAGGUGUUGAUAAAAUACUGCUGUGGAGAGCUUUUAUGUGAAAUGUGAUUAGAAUCAUGGCAAUCCUCAACGUUAGGAUUUCAUUCUGUCCAUCUAUUACUCUUGACGAUUUCACUGCAUCUUUCUUGAGCGCUUUUCCUUUUUUAAAGGAGUUAUAUGUUGUUUUUUGUUGUUGUUGCCUUUGAUGUAAAACACAAUUCUAGUGAAAACAUUAACAAGCUUUAAUUUUUCCACUCCAACUUCCCCUAAACACUUUGUUGAAACUUUCGUUUCCUUUUUGAGUUGGGAUUUAAGAAUAAGACAGAGCUUUGCAGCUCACUUCUGGCUGGGGGUGGAGUUCAUUUCUGGGCUGGAAAUUUUUUUUUAACAGAAGCCUGAAAUGAACCAGAUGGACAGAACUACUGCAGAGUAAUAUUGCACGUCUCAGUUUUUCUAAUAUAUCAUUGUCGUUAUAAGACUAAUUCUAGAUUUUGAAACACGUUUAAAAAGUGACAAACGGCACCUUUAAUUAUUGCAUGCUAGCACAAAUUAGCACACAUACGUACGUUCUGUGCAUAUAAACCGAAUCGUUCUUUAAUCAACCCUUUAACUGACCACUUGCAGUAAAAGGCAAAGCUGAUUCACUCCACAGGUUACUAAAAAUGUAGACUAGGAUUUGGCAUUUAAAGUUUGUGAGUGCGAGUGUGUUUGUUCAUUUACUUUAAAGGACAAUACAGGACAGUACAAGUGUUCUUAUCGCACAGUAAUAAGCCCAAAAUGUUACCGGCCCACAUGGAAUUCUCCUGAGCGGCCCCAAAACACAGCAGCGUUGUCCUGAUGCUCCAAACAUAUCCUUUGAAAAUGUGUAAGAUCACUUCUUUGAUUUAAAAGUGAGUGAGUUUAGAAAUUUUGAGGCAGAAAGCAGGCAAUUAUUCAAUAUUUGAUCAUGGAAUUUGCUACGGUAUGAUUUGAUGUAUUAUCCUCCUGUCAAUAUGUGAGCAAGUUCAUUCAGAAUCUGAGGUAUGCCUAAAGUUAUGCAUAAAUCACAUUGCUAGCAUAUUUACAGAUCUGUUUUUCUGUUUGUUUGUGAUAAUAAUUUGUUUAGAAUCGAUUUUAUUAUCAAGUCUUUAGGGGGAAAAAUUAAAUUAAGAAAAAAUGUCUGUUCGCAUAUUGUACACUGAUUUUCUGGGUUAUUGCCCACCUUUAUCCUUCAUUCUCACCACUCUUUCAUGUAUUAAACAUAUUUAUACAGAGUAAUGAACUAAAUCAUAUGUUCUUUAUCUUUCUUUGUCUUCUUUCAUGUGUUUAUACUUUUGGUGUAUAUUUAUUAUUGAUAUUUACUGCCUGAUGAACACAUCAACUGAGGUGUAAAAAAUGAAAGAAAAGAGAGAAACAAAGUAUAUAAAACAUUUUUAUAAUAACUUUAAUUGCUGUGUACAUACCAUUCUUUUCAUUAUGUGGCCCUUGAGUCUGAUUGUAUUUUUAAAACAAUUUUUAAUUAUUUGUAUAUGAGAAUAAUGUCUUUCAUGCAUGAUAAUCAAAUGAUUAAUUAAACCAUUUGAUUAAAUAAAUUAAAAUAAGCUUAAAAUACACUUUAAAAUAAACGUAACAAAAUGUAAACGCUUUAAAUUUCAGAUUCACGUGUCAAUCACGCAGCGCCCUCUAGUGGGGUAUUAGUGUCAGAAAACCAAGUGGAGUUUGUUUAGAAAAAUUAAAUUAAAAAAUUAUAUUUUCUUUUCAGUAAGCCAUUAAAAACGUUGCAUUCCUUCUGACUGGCUGUGUUAUCAGCUGCUCAGUAAGUAAUGCUCUUAUCGGACAGUAAUCAAUGAUGCAGUGGUGUUAUCAGGUUCCCACCCCAAAGUGGAUUAUUUUCCUAUAACAGCACAUCUUGAACGGUUUUAUUCCUCUUAUAACACAGCAAUUUGUAAAUAAUUAAUUAUUUUUAAAAUAUUAAUGAAAUUCUGGUCAGGUUUUAACCAUUUAUAGUUGCAUUUAAUGUUGUGGAACCUCCAUAAGACAUGUCCCUGUUAAACAGGAAUUCUCACUAUCCUCUUUUUCCCCCCUCUCUCUCUCUUAAAGUUAGUAAGAUGAAUUUUUUUUUUUUUAACUCAUCUGUCAUAUGUCUGAAGACUUUCCUGUGAUGGAAAACUUACAAGUACUGACACAGGAGACACUGGAAAAAUGUCAAAUUUUCUUUGUUAAAUAGCAAUACAAUUUUAAAAUCUGUUUAUUAUGCAUGUUAGAUUAUGUGAUUACAUUUAGUUGAUCACAUUUGUCUGAACGACUACAUUUGGUUGAUCACAUUUGUCUGAACGAUUACAUUUGGUUGAUCACAUUUGUCUGAACGAUUACAUUUGGUUGAUCACAUUUGUCAGAAUGACUACAUUUGGUUGAUCAUAAUGGUCUGAACAACCACAUUUGCUUGAUCACACUUGUCUGAAGUAUUACAUUUGGUAAAUCACAUUUGUCUGAACGACUAUAUUUGGUUGAUCGAUUACAUUUGGUUGAUCACAUUUGGUUGAUCACAUUUGGUUGAUCGACCACAUUUGGUUGAUCACAUUUGUCUGAACGACUACAUUUGGUUGAUCGACUACAUUUGGUUGAUCA